CAGGCGUGCGGAGGCGGCGGCAGACCGGCCGCCCGGGGUGGAAGGAGCUGGGUCGAAAGGUAACUGGGAGGUAACGCGAAGGUCUCGCCCAAGCUGGAAUCCACGGAGUCUCGACUUCAUGGGCAAUUUGAUGUGCGUUUAUCACACCCCCCGCCCCCAGCACACACACGCAUUGUCAGCUUGCCAGUGACAUUGUUACAACACACAAAAAAGUGUUCUCUGCUUCUCUGAUAGAAAGGGGUGGAGUACAGCUUAGUGGUAUAGAGAACUGGUUGGCCCAACUAUAGAAGCUCUGCAAGAAGCCACAUCUAUUGGUAAUUAGAGCUCAUUUCUUUCUUAUUCCUGAGUCUCAUCCCCUCUUGCACCGAGGGAAGAAAGGUAUAUCCUGUUCUCUUCAUUUCCAUGGUUCCUGGCAGGACCAGUUACGGGAAGGUUCUCCUGGAUGUUUAUGGAAUGAACAGACGCGAAGGCAAACUCUGGGUGUGGGCUGCAUCCUCAGUACCGGGUUCGAUUUUUGGUUCUGACAAAUAACUGAUUCGGGACAGGAACUCUAUUUUAAGAACCUUUCAAAACAAAAAAAAAAAGUCAUGGAGAAGAACGGGAAUAACCGAAAACUUCGAGUUUGCGUUGCGACUUGCAACCGUGCUGAUUAUUCAAAACUUGCCCCAAUCAUGUUUGGAAUUAAAACGGAACCUGAGUUCUUUGAACUUGAUGUGGUGGUACUUGGCUCUCACCUGAUAGAUGACUAUGGAAACACAUAUCGCAUGAUUGAACAAGAUGACUUUGACAUUAACACCAGGCUACACACAAUUGUUAGAGGGGAAGAUGAGGCAGCCAUGGUGGAGUCAGUGGGCCUGGCCCUAGUGAAGCUACCAGAUGUGCUCAAUCGCCUGAAGCCUGAUAUCAUGAUUGUUCAUGGAGACAGGUUUGACGCCCUGGCUCUGGCUACAUCUGCUGCCUUAAUGAACAUCCGAAUCCUUCACAUUGAAGGUGGGGAAGUCAGUGGGACCAUUGAUGACUCUAUCAGACAUGCCAUCACAAAACUGGCUCAUUAUCAUGUGUGCUGCACUCGAAGUGCAGAGCAACACCUAAUAUCCAUGUGUGAGGACCAUGAUCGCAUCCUUCUGGCAGGCUGCCCUUCCUAUGAUAAACUUCUCUCUGCUAAGAACAAAGACUACAUGAGCAUCAUUCGCAUGUGGUUAGGUGAUGAUGUAAAAUCUAAAGAUUACAUUGUUGCACUACAGCACCCUGUGACCACUGAUAUUAAGCAUUCCAUAAAAAUGUUUGAACUUACAUUGGAUGCACUUAUCUCAUUUAACAAGCGGACUCUAAUUCUGUUUCCAAAUAUUGAUGCAGGGAGCAAAGAGAUGGUUCGAGUGAUGCGGAAAAAGGGCAUUGAGCAUCAUCCCAAUUUUCGUGCAGUUAAGCAUGUUCCAUUUGACCAGUUUAUACAGUUGGUUGCCCAUGCUGGUUGUAUGAUUGGGAAUAGCAGCUGUGGGGUACGCGAGGUUGGAGCUUUUGGAACACCUGUGAUCAACCUAGGAACACGUCAGAUUGGAAGAGAAACAGGGGAGAAUGUUCUUCAUGUUCGGGAUGCUGAUACUAAAGACAAAAUAUUGCAAGCACUACAACUUCAGUUUGGUAAACAAUAUCCUUGUUCAAAGAUAUAUGGGGAUGGAAAUGCUGUUCCAAGAAUUUUGAAAUUUCUCAAAUCUAUUGAUCUUCAAGAGCCAUUACAAAAGAAAUUCUGCUUUCCUCCUGUGAAGGAUAACAUUUCUCAAGAUAUUGACCACAUUCUUGAAACUUUGAGUGCCUUGGCUGUUGAUCUCGGCGGGACGAACCUCCGAGUUGCAAUAGUUAGCAUGAAGGGUGAAAUAGUUAAGAAGUAUACUCAGUUCAAUCCUAAAACCUAUGAAGAAAGGAUUAAUUUGAUCCUGCAGAUGUGUGUCGAAGCUGCAGCAGAAGCUGUAAAAUUGAAUUGCAGAAUUUUGGGUGUAGGCAUUUCCACUGGUGGCCGUGUGAAUCCUCGAGAAGGAAUUGUGUUACAUUCAACCAAACUGAUUCAAGAAUGGAACUCUGUAGACCUUAGAACUCCCCUAUCUGACAAUUUGCAUCUCCCUGUGUGGGUAGACAAUGAUGGCAACUGUGCUGCCCUGGCAGAAAGGAAAUUUGGCCAAGGAAAGGGUCUGGAAAACUUUGUGACACUGAUCACAGGCACAGGAAUUGGCGGUGGGAUCAUCCAUCAGCACGAACUGAUCCAUGGAAGCUCCUUCUGUGCGGCAGAACUUGGCCACCUUGUUGUGUCCCUGGAUGGGCCUGAUUGUUCCUGUGGAAGCCAUGGCUGUAUUGAAGCCUAUGCCUCUGGAAUGGCCUUGCAGAGAGAAGCAAAAAAACUACAUGAUGAAGACCUGCUCUUGGUGGAAGGGAUGUCAGUGCCAAAAGAUGAAGCCGUGGGUGCCCUCCAUCUUAUCCAAGCGGCAAAACUCGGCAAUGUGAAGGCCCAGAGCAUCUUGAGAACAGCUGGAACAGCUUUGGGCCUUGGGGUUGUGAACAUCCUGCAUACCAUGAACCCUUCCCUGGUCAUCCUGUCUGGAGUCCUUGCCAGCCACUAUAUUCACAUUGUCAAGGAUGUCAUCCGCCAGCAAGCCCUCCCGUCUGUCCAGGACGUGGACGUGGUGGCCUCGGAUCUGGCUGAUCCCGCCCUCCUUGGUGCCGCCAGCAUGGUUCUGGACUACACAACCCGCAGGGUCUACUAGGCCUCCCUGGGGUGGAUGUGGACCAAAACUCAAGAGCUCCUUUGUGGAUUCAGGUUGUCUUUUAGACGAGCUUUUCUUAAAAAGCAAAUUUGGUAUUUUAAUUUGGUAUUUGGCAGGCAACUUUGGCAGAGAAUUUUUUGCUUUUUGUCUCCUCUUCCAAAAUCGCCUUCCUUAAGCCCCAUUUUUGUAGACAUUGCUCUUUUUGGGAUCAUUUCAGCUCAAAACCAGUCACAGUUUUCUGUGCCAAAAAUAGCUAGUAGAACAGGAAGCCUUAGAGUUCUGCUGAUUAAAUGUACCUUGCUCAGCAUGUGAGGUCGAUACUGGAGUUUGGAUUAAUAAUCCUUCCUUCUCUGAGCCUAAAUAGAUUGCAAAAAGGGAUCCAGUCAGGGAACAGAAGAUCUCACCAUGACAGGCGUAAGUAAAUUUUUUUAAACAGUUUUAUUGAGGUAUUUUUAACAGCAUACAAUUUGAUAACCUUUGACAUAUGUAUAUACCUGUGAAACCAUCACCACAAUCAAGAAAUUGGACAUCAGUAACCCCCAAAUGUUACUUGUUCAAAUAUGUUGUUAUUACUAUUAUUAGCAGAACUUGUGAAUAAGGUUUAGACCUGGGAUCAGAAUUACUGCGGCUUUAGUGUUCUUGUCCUUAUCACUUAAGGGCAGCUAAGAGGCCACUAGGACGCAGUCCCUGAAAGGUGAUUAGUUGUCCCAAAGGGAUCUUUGCUGCUGAAAAGCAGAUACCUCUCCCUUCAAUAGCAUUUCUUACUAUGUGGCAUAUGACUCCGGAGAGUCUAUUAAAGCAGUGUGUGUGUGUGUCAUACCGAGAGCUCACAUACGUAACUCUGGAUCCUGGCUAAAUAAGAGUCUGUGCUUUCACAUACAUCAAGAUACAGUGUUUGGGCUUCCCUGGUGGCCUAGGGGUUAAGUCUCACCACUAUCACCGCUGCAGUCUGAGUUCAGUUUGCUCCCUGGUGAGGGAGCUAACCCACAUACGGCGCAGCAGACCUCUCCUGUCUCGUCUUCUGUUCCCUUUAGCAGUGUAUUUCAGUAGAUCUGCCUGUUCUGCUCCCCACUCUGGUGAAUGCUUUCACCUCCUGCACCUCUGGCCUAUACCCCAGUUGUUCUACACAAAAGGAAAAAAAUAGAUUAAAAAAGAUUAAGGUGCAGUGUUUUACUAAUAUCUACUGUUUAUUAAGUGCCUAUUCUGUGCCAGGCUCUGAACUAGGUGCUUCAUAUACAUUAUUCUAAAUUCUUACCACCUGUGAGGUAGAUGUUUUAAUUCCCAUUUUAUAGAAGCUUAAACUAAGAGUUAAUGUGCCUAUAGCUUUGUGGCUAGUGAGUUUUUGAGACAGAUAGGGUUUGAUCCCAGGUUCCUCUGUGCUUUUUGCUAAGCCACACCACCUCUCAAAAACUUUCAAAAACGUGUAUUUCCUAAUUUGCUCCAGGCUACCAGAAGCUUUAGUAAGAAUCUCAUUUGCAUGAAUUCUCCCUCAGCGGAGAAUUUAAUCAAAUAGUCCUCUAUGCAGUGGAGAUUUUGCCAAUACAGUAUUUGGUCUAGUCGCAGGUCUUUGGGGGUACUCUCAGAUGAUCUAAAAAAGCAUAUGUGCAUGUUUUUCAGAUUGUUAUUUUAGGAAAAUAUGAAGGUUUCCGUAACACGUUCUCAGUGUUAGCAUAUAAAACUACGUGAAGGAAUCAAAACUAAGUGAAGGACGUGAACUUAACUUCCUGCUGGGUUAAUGUGGGUUAACUUCCUGCUGGUAAGUUGGUUAAUUCCAAGAACCGUGAAAUAAUCUCCAGGUCCUGGUCAUCUCAGCAUUCCAUGGCAAUCCCUGGGAAGGAAGCUGGUUUGCUUGGUCAUCAGUGUCUAGGGCAAGACAGUGUGCUGGGAAGGGGAUCAGGUGUUUGGUGGACUCCGUAACCACUCUGCAGGCCAGAAGAUUGCAUUGCUGCCAAGUUUUACACCAAAUAUGUGGAAGGAUGAUACUGAACCUAAAACCAAUUCUCAGUUUUUACAAUUAUUACAUAAUCACCUUAAUUUAUUUUAAUGUAAAUAUCUUUAUGUUGCUGUUCUGAGAUAAAUUAUAAAGAAAAAAAUAAAUACAUUUCCUUGUGGAAAUCUUAGGUUUUUUGUGUGUUUUGUUUCAACUAAAAGCAUUCCCCUUCCCAGAAG